GGUUAAUUUACGGAACGUCGCCUCAGGUUCGUACACGGAAAGGAGUAGUAGAGCUCACUCCGAAGUUUCACCUAUGAAAAGGAUAGUUUUCAGGCACCAACAACCGUUUUAUCGAACGGGUCCGACAUUGACAACACAAAUGACAUAAUUGACAACCGAUUUGAAUCCUGAGUGAUCCAGAGCAUUUCUAGGUUAGGUUUUUUACUGGUUUUGAUUGUUGUUGCAUUCCAAAAAGUUGGAAAAAGGGGGCUCAUAAUUCUAAAACUCCUUAAAACAAAAUGAGGAAAAAGAACGACACACUGAAAAAAAGCGCUAAAAAAAAACAAGAAGUGUUCUACGUAGUUAAAAACAUUCCCAGACAUCAGUCUUGUUCAAGAGAAAUGCUCAAAGUGAUGAGACGCUUACAAGGCAGAAUCAACUUCAUGAUUAAUAAAGCACCAUUUGCCAGACUGAUCCGAGAAAUAAUGCAAUCCUGUUCGCAAGAAAAAAGGAUAACCGUGGAAGCCUUAGAAGCCCUACAACUGAUAGCCGAAGCUUACCUGACUGAUUUGUUCAUCGAUGCCAAUGCAUGUGCAGCCCAUGCUAAAAGAGUGACUAUUCGACCAGUGGAUAUAAAACUAGUUGGAACAUUGAGAGGAGUUAUAGACGCAGGUUUCAACUUCAGAUAAAUAUUUUAUUUUUGUGUUGUGUUUGCUUUUGGUUUAUUGUUACUUGUGCUCAAUCAGCAAAUAAAGAGACCAAAAUUCAAUUUUUGUUUAUUAUUGAUUAUGUCUGAUUUUUAUUCAGACUGCUUGUACCUUUAAAUUUUAAGACAAUUUACUGAAACUAGUUUUCAAAUAUUUUCUACAUAUUUUGUU